AUGGCUCCUCCUCUCUCCCAUCCCCAAGUUCCCCUCGCCAUGGACCCCGAUCUCAACGCGCCUCACUCCAUGGGAACCACCAUCACAGGGGUCACCUACGACGGGGGCGUCGUCCUCGGGGCCGAUUCCAGAACGACCACAGGAAUAUAUGCUGCUAAUCUUGAUGUAUCCUUCUCGUUAAUUCUUCAUAUUCGUGUAGGAGUGUAUGUUGCUAAUCGGGCGUCGGACAAGAUCACACCAUUGACGGAUAAUAUUUUAUUUGUCAGAACAUUGCUGGAAACUGGCGGCCUAAUUGUUGGUGGAUGGGAUAAGUAUGAAGGUGGUCAAAUAUACUCAGUGCCCCUUGGAGGGACAAUUUUGAGGCAACCUUUUGCUAUUGGAGGAUCUGGUUCCACCUACUUGUAUGCUUUUUUUGAUCAAGCAUGGAAGGAAGGGAUGAGCAAAGAUGAAGCUGAGAAAUUUAUGGUGAAGGCGGUGUCGCUUGCCAUGGCCCGUGAUGGUGCAAGUGGGGGUGUUGUCCGUACUGUCAUUAUCAAUGCUGAACUUCUACUGGGGCGAUUCUCUUCCACUGUGGCACGAAGAGCUCGAGCCUCUCAACUCAUUGCUUGACGUACUGUCAUCAAGCAGUCCUGAGCCGAUGAGCACGGGAACCGCUGGAUCCUUGAUUUGCCCCUGGCAUGCUGGUCGCGCCCGAUGGGAUUUCGUUUCUGGAAUUUCUGCUUCCACCUCUAGAAUUGGGCCAUGUAAUGGAGUAAUCUGGGUGAUGCUUCGAACAAGUAAUGGAAAAUGUUUUUUCUUUUUGACCUUCUCCAGAAUAUGCUACUUUGGUGAAGUAAUCAUCUGCAAAAAAGAUUUGGAUCCAAACAGGUAUAGAUAUUAAUGUUUUUAUUAAAAACUUGAGACUACCUGCAAUAUAGGUAAUGGUAAAUUAUAAUGAACCCUCUUGAGGUUUUGGGGUAA